AUGUUCCAAUGGACUCAGUGGCGGCUUCCGGGAAUGUAUGACGGUGUUGGAUUCGAGAGGGUCAUGGCGAGCAUGGCGGGCGUCGACGCACGGACCCAUGUCACCCAUGCUGGUGGGGCAAAAACGCCGCCAGAACCUGGUCAGAGGGUGCUGCGAAUAGAACGCCAGGAAGAGAAGAGGUCCACUACGAUGCGUCAAAGUGUGGAAAAAGUUCGCAAUCCCUGGGUCCGUGGUCUGACGCUGGAUGACGAGUCGGCCAUGAACGGUUUCGGCUUAGGCGGACUAGACGAAGCAAGACGAAGGCGCGCACGGGUGGUCUGGCAAAAAAGGGUGGGCUGCAUACCUUUUUUGACCAGUUGCAAAGAAGGACGGAUCACCCCAGUGGCCGGGCGCAUUUCUCGUCACCAUAAGGAUAGAUCAGCAUUCCUUGCGAGAGCCAGCGCUAGCAAAUCGACCAAUGUCCUGCCAGCCCAGCAGCCUCUUUCAAAUGGGGAAUGCCUUUGGGUCUGA